AGAGAGAGAGAGAGAGAGAGAGUCUAUGGAUCCCACUCGAGAUUGAUUUUUCCUUCUCGUUCUUCUCUUCAAUUCUUGCGGAAAUAUUGGUCACGCUUAAUCUCUUCACAUCUGUAAAUCAGCAUGAUAAUUUUUUCAGGUGCAGCAUGGCUUUAAAAGCAAAUGCAUCAGAUAGUAGAACUCGAAGCUCUGUAUCUAUAUUUAUUGUCAUUGGUCUGUGCUGCUUCUUCUAUAUCCUUGGUGCUUGGCAAAAGAGUGGUUUUGGUAGAGGAGAUAGCAUAGCAGUUGAAAUCACAAAGCAAACGGACUGCACUGUGCUAUCUAAUUUGAAUUUUGAGACUCAUCACAGUGGGACAGAUGCUGACAAUCUCUCUGAUUCACAAGUUCAGACCUUUGAGCCAUGUCAUGACCGUUUUACUGAUUACACUCCUUGCCAAGAUCAAAGCCGGGCAAUGACAUUUCCUCGAGAGAAUAUGAAUUAUAGGGAGAGACAUUGUCCCCCUGAUGAAGAAAAGCUUUAUUGUCUUAUCCCAGCACCAAGUGGCUAUGUAGCCCCAUUUCCCUGGCCAAAAAGUCGUGACUAUGUUCCCUAUGCUAAUGUGCCCUACAAGAGCUUGACGGUCGAGAAGGCUGUUCAGAAUUGGGUCCAGUAUGAGGGUAAUGUGUUCCGGUUUCCUGGUGGCGGCACACAGUUUCCUCAAGGAGCUGAUACAUACAUCAAUCAACUUGCUUCCGUUAUUCCAAUUGCCAAUGGUACUGUUAGAACUGCCCUUGACACUGGUUGUGGGGUUGCGAGCUGGGGUGCCUACUUGCUUAAAAGGAAUGUGCUUGCGAUGUCAUUUGCACCAAGAGACUCGCAUGAGGCACAGGUUCAGUUUGCUCUAGAAAGAGGUGUACCUGCUGUCAUUGGUGUUCUUGGAACCAUACAGCUUCCAUACCCAUCAAGAGCCUUUGACAUGGCUCAUUGCUCUAGGUGCUUAAUUCCGUGGGGAUCAAAUGAUGGAAUGUACAUGAUGGAGGUGGAUCGGGUUCUCAGGCCUGGUGGCUAUUGGGUUCUUUCAGGUCCUCCAAUUAAUUGGAAGACUAACUACCGGGCAUGGCAGCGUACUAAAGAUGAUCUUGAGGAGGAACAAAGAAAGAUUGAAGAAAUUGCUGCACUUCUUUGCUGGGAUAAGGUUUCUGAAAAGGGUGAAAUUGCUAUCUGGAGGAAGAGGAUAAAUGGAGAUUCAUGCCCUUGGAAGCAAGGGAAUAGCCGUGUGAGUGUUUGUGAAUCAGGAGAUGCAGAUGAUGUCUGGUACAAGCCAAUGAAGCCUUGUGUAACUCCUUUGCCUGAGGUGAAUAGGCCCGAAGAGUUUGCUGGGGGUCAACUAAAGGCGUUCCCCGAUAGGCUAAAUGCAGUUCCUCCUAGAAUAUCUAGUGGUGAUGUACCUGGGGCAUCUGUUGAUGCAUAUCAAGAAGAUAACAGAUUGUGGAGAAAACAUGUCAAAGCUUAUAAGAAAGUCAAUAAAUAUCUUGACAAUGGGAGGUAUCGCAAUAUAAUGGACAUGAAUGCUGGUUUUGGUAGUUUUGCUGCAGCAAUUGAUUCUCCAAAAUUAUGGGUAAUGAAUGUCGUGCCUACUGUUGCUGAGAAAUCCAUGUUGAGUGUUGUCUAUGAACGAGGAUUGAUUGGCAUAUAUCAUGACUGGUGUGAAGCUUUCUCCUCAUACCCAAGAACAUAUGAUCUUAUUCAUGCAAAUGGUGUUUUCAGUCUUUACAAGAACAAAUGCAAAAUGGAAGAUAUCCUUCUAGAGAUGGACAGACUUUUGAGACCAGAAGGUGCAGUUAUCUUCCGCGAUGAAGUUGAUGUCUUGGUGAAGGUAAAAAGGAUGGCCAGUGGCAUGAGAUGGAAUACAAAAAUGGUGGAUCAUGAAGACGGUCCUUUAGUACCAGAGAAGAUACUGUUUGCUGUGAAGCAGUACUGGGUCGGCGGAAACAAAACAAAGGAAGAAUAAAAGCACAAUACCAUCAUAAUUCAGCUAUAUGCUUCUGUGAACACAACCGAAUUCCUGGGAUGAUAAUAGAAUGCAUGGCUCUAAUCUUUAGUCAAGUUCUUCCUACUUUUCUUGGAUAUUUAAAGAUUGGAAGCCGAGUCAGGCAUAAGAAUUGAAGGUAAUCAAGCACCGGGUUGAUUAAUUUUGCUUUUUAUUGCUACUAAGUUAUCCUUCUUCUUUUACUCUGCCUGCUGAUGGUUUUGCAAAACACAAAACUCAGCAGCUUUUUGUCUGUAAAAUCCCUGUGUUUCCCAUAUGAAAAUUUUGCAAAUUUGUUUCUCUGUGUUCAUGACUAUUGCUAUUGUUGUCAA